UUAAACAGGAUGUUGUUCAGUCUGUUUCUGGGUCCUGGUGUAGAGACUGUGUUUGCUGUGUAGAGAACACAUAAUAAAACUUAAAAUUACUCUCAGAGGUACCGCUUAAAAACAUUCUCUGAAGAAUACAGAGGCGUUAACAUAAGGAACCAAUGGACAGUCAUCAGAGCGAAGCACCUGCUUGUGCAAAUCAACUGUUGUGUUAAUGAAUUGCGCAGUGUUCCUGGGAACUGGCUCAAGGACUCAUUGAAUUUGAAAAGAAAUAUUAUUGUACAGAUUUGAAGCAAGGAUGUCAUCUUUGGAGAGCCAAGACUGUAGCUCUUCACUUUAAGAAAAAUGGGAGAAAGUACAGCAGAGGUCCUUAGAAGUAGCUAAGGGAUCCAAUACUUUAUUACUAUCAAGACUUACGGAAAACAGAUUUCCAUUCUCUGGACAAAUGGGCAUUAAAAAGUGCUGCAGCAAACUAUAUACAUGCUUUGACAUUGUAAACCACAGACGAAUUGGAGCCUGGCAUUGAAAAGAGGUGUUCUGCAGCAUUUUUUUUUUUUCUUGGCUAAAGAAGUUGCCUUCUACAAGAGGGAGUCUGAAAAAUGACAGGGGCAAAGAGGAAAAAGAAAAGUGUACGCUGGAGCAAGAUGCACACCCUGCAUUGUGAAGACAUCAAACAGUGGUGCAGAAGACGGCUACCUAUUCUGGAAUGGGCACCGCGUUACAAUCUGAAGGAAAACCUGCUUCCAGACACAGUGUCUGGGAUAAUGUUGGCAGUUCAACAGGUGACACAAGGAUUGGCUUUUGCUAUUCUUUCAUCUGUACACCCCGUUUUUGGUUUAUACGGGUCUCUGUUUCCUGCCAUCAUUUAUGCCAUAUUUGGAAUGGGACGUCAUGUUGCCACAGGCACCUUCGCCUUGACAUCUUUGAUAUCAGCCAAUGCUGUGGAACGGCUGGUCCCUCAAAGCAGCCAGAACCUCACCAAGCACAGCAACUCAAGUCUGCUGGGCUUGUCCGAAUUUGAAGCACAAAGGAUCGGCGUUGCUGCGGCAGUCUCCUUCUUGGGAGGGGUGAUUCAGGUGGCCAUGUUUGUGCUACAACUGGGCAGUGCCACAUUCCUGCUUACAGAGCCUGUGAUCAGCGCGAUGACAACUGGGGCUGCCACCCAUGUGGUAACUUCGCAAGUCAAAUAUCUCUUGGGAAUAAAGAUACCAUAUAUAUCUGGACCUCUUGGAUUGUUUUAUAUUUAUGCAUAUGUCUUUGAAAACAUCAAGUCUGUCCAACUGGAAGCCCUGCUCUUGUCCUUGCUGAGUAUUGUGGUUCUUGUUCUUGUUAAAGAGCUGAAUGAACAAUUUAAAAGGAAAAUUAAAGUUGUCCUUCCUGUCGAUUUAGUUUUGAUUAUUGCAGCAUCAUUUGCUUGUUAUUGUACCAAUAUGGAAAACACAUAUGGAUUAGAAGUAGUUGGAAAUAUUCCAAAAGGAAUCCCUCCACCGCGAGCUCCCCCAAUGAACCUCCUCUCUGCAGUAGUCACUGAAGCUUUUGGAGUCGCUCUUGUAGGCUAUGUGGCCUCACUGGCUCUUGCUCAAGGAUCUGCUAAAAAAUUCAGAUAUUCAGUGGAUGACAACCAGGAAUUUUUGGCCCAUGGCCUCAGCAAUGUGAUUCCUUCAUUUUUCUUCUGUAUCCCAAGUGCGGCUGCCAUGGGAAGGACUGCUGGCCUGUACAGCACGGGAGCAAAGACACAGGUGGCUUGUCUAAUAUCUUGCAUUUUCAUCCUUAUAGUCAUCUAUGCAAUAGGACCUUUGCUGUACUGGCUGCCCAUGUGUGUUCUUGCAAGCAUUAUUGUUGUGGGACUCAAGGGAAUGUUAAUACAGUUCCGAGAUUUAAAAAAAUAUUGGAAUGUGGAUAAAAUUGAUUGGGGUAUAUGGGUCAGUACAUAUAUAUUUACAAUAUGCUUUGCUGCCAAUGUGGGACUUCUGUUUGGUGUCGUCUGUACCAUAGCUGUAGUGAUAGGACGCUUCCCAAGAGCAAAGACUUUAAGUAUUAAAAACAUGAAAGAAAUUGAAUUCAAAGUGAAGACAGAAACAGAUGAUGAGACCACACCUCAGGUGAAAAUCAUCUCAAUAAACAACCCACUUGUCUUCCUUAAUGUAAAGAAAUUUCACACCGAUUUAAAGAACACAAUCCAAAGGGAAAAUCCCAGUAACCAUCCACUUGAUGAUAUCAGCAAGUGUGAACAAAACACGUUACUCAAUUCUCUAUCCAAUGGUAGCUACAACGAAGAGGCUUCACAGCCCUGUCUUACUGAGAAGUGGUCAUUAGUCCUGGAUUGCAGUGGAUUGACCUUUUUUGACUAUUCUGGAGUCUCCAUGCUUGUUGAGGUUUAUACGGACUGCAAGGACAUGAAUGUGGAUGUGUCAUUAGCCAAUUGCACAGAUUCCCUGAUAAAAGCAAUGAAGUACUAUGGAAAUCUAGACUCAGAGAGACCGAUUUUUUUUGAAUCAGUGUCUGCUGCAAUAAGUAAUAUCUCCUCGAAUAAGAAUGAUAAUUGGUGCCUCCAAGAGACAUCCCUAUUAUAUGCAGUCAGAACAGUAUGUAUUUACAAAAUAAUAAUAACAAUGUUGUUAUUAUUAUUACAACACCUAACAUGCACUGAGUGCUUACUGUGCUCCAAGGGAUAUUCUAAGGGCUUUACCUAUAUUAAUUAGCUAAAUUUAUCAGAACCUAAUGAAAAGAUACUGUACUUGGUACAUUUUUAGAAAUGGAGAAAAUGAGGCCCAAGGAUAUUAUACCAUUUGCAAGUGGAGGAGCUGGUGUUUGAUCUUCGACCUAAAUCUUUAUGCCGCUAUCCUCUGAUGCUUCAUAGGAAACCCAGUUCUAUGGCAUGGCUGGAUGGCUGGCUUCUGUUAAUACUGUUCUUUCACUAUGGGGCCAAUUUAAGAGUUGACUCUGUAGCACAUACUUAUUUCUUCCUCUUCUAUUUCAGAGCUCAAACAAACUCUGUGACCACAGUGAAGUUUGAGACCCUUUUGUGGCAGUGCAGACCUUAUCUUUAGCAACUACCCUGAAGAGGCCACAUACUGGCACUUUGGAUGACUUUUUUGUUGUUUAGAUCCUAUACAUAUGACCCUUCCUAUGAGUAUGAUGUGAUUUAGUAACUGCAUAGUCACUGGUUCAGAUUUGUCAACAGUCUUUAACGUCUUUGCUAGUAAGCAAAUUUACUUAGUUAUUUUAUAUAAAAAUUAGUAUGCAUUUAGUUUUAAUGUACUGAAGGAUAAACAUGAUUUUAUCUGUAGUUUCUAUUGUUUUAUUUCUAUGUUGCUAUAACUUAAUUUUUAAAAUAGAGAAAUACUUUUGUCAUAAGAGAUUUGGGAUAUUUACAAGCCAUUUGUAAAACUCCAGAAUCAUCUACAACAUGAAAACAAUACAUAAAAUUGACCUAAGGUGCCAAUUUCCUGGGUCCUCUUCCCCUAAAAGCCAUUUAAACAUCAAUGUGACUAAAUACUACUUUAUACAAUGGUAUAUGGAAUUCAUAGAAACAAACCAAAGAGAAAUGCAUGACAAACUGGAAGUCACUGGUCCCCAUACCUUUUAUUACAUUCAUUCCUGAUGUUUUCAUGUCCUAAAUAAGAAUGUUUUCGUGUUCAGGAAAAUUGGUAUCCCAAGAACUGAGAUCUUGAAAUUGGUCUGUUUUGUUAAGAAUAUUGGAAUCACUUGGGCUUUUCACACCAGAUAGCUCUAAUUUUUACAUUCUCACUCCAUGAAGGCUGUGCCCUCUGCUUAAAUUUUGUCGGCGCUAGAGAAUUUGGAAAUUGCAUGUUUUAUCUUUUUCACAAAUAUGAUUUUUAGUACCACUCAUAGGGUAGCUUUGUGAUAUUUCAGGACAAGAUUAACUUUGGUAGUUUUGAACUUUCUUAUUUCAGAGAUGCUGUCAAUAAAUAUAUUUAUCUAUCUAUAUCUGGGUAAAGUCUCCAUAGUUUGCUUGCUUUUCUUGUUGUUAGAGAGUGUGGAUGUGAUGAUCUGCGAGCCCACCAAAGCAUUUAAAAAUGACACUAUAGGCCAGGCUGAACAAUAGAAAUUAUUCUUUCAUGCUUCUCCUCAUGUUUCAUGGCACAUCAUUACACAAUGUCGUAUUUUAUAUAUCAAAUUGAUUUACAUAGGAAGAAUACUCACUGUCAAAAUCACACAUAGAUGCAAAAUUAUGCUUAAUCCUAAAGGUAUCUUAACCCUUUGGAAAUGACCAGUGUAAGAAAAAGCUAAGUACUUUAAAGCAAGUUUGAAAAAUAAAUUCAAAAUAAAAUUAAGAGAUUGGUCAUUUAGCCACUUCUGUGAAUUCUCCAACACUGAAUUCUAGCUCCUGCCAACUGAUGCAUUGUAAUAAUCAAUCCCUAGCCAGUGUGUGGCAAACAUUCAUAUGGCCUUUAAUUUCAGGAUUAAAUCCUAAGUAGGAAAAAUUAAUAAAAUGAAAGAGGAAUCUAAUUCUUAGUUUCUCUGGCCAUUUAAAAUUUUAUAGAAAUGAAAUGCAAAGAAUAGUCCCCCAAAUACUGCCACCCCUCAAUAAGUGAGGUUAACUUACAUUCCCAACACCGUUCCAGGGAGGAAGGCAGGUCAUAAGUAGCUGUAAAAUUUCCUUACAGAAAGGAAUUAUACUCUGCUUUGUCCACUCAAAUUACUCCAGUGGUAGAUGGUGAUAGGAUUCACUAUCCUUAAGCAAUUAACAUAAGCCUAGGGAAGCAAGAAAAUAUAUAUUUUGCUGUGUGUAAACUGAUAUUUUGCUAUGCGACUAUGGCCUGUAAUUGAACUCAUGCACUGCAAGCAUUUUCCAAUUUGUUAGAUGGUAUGGGCCAUGGAUGGCAUUAAAAUCAUUAUAGUUAAUCAAUGGAUGGUUUGUUCUGUUUCAUCAUUAAGGCUGAUACAGUAUUGUCUGAGAAGCAUUUCAGUGUUUAUAGAAGAAAUUUAGUGGACAAAACUUCAAAGCCAAUAACUUAGGUCAAAUGAUAAUGUUAAAUUCAAGAAAAAGGAAGAUCAAAUCCUAUAAUAUAUAAAGUUCUUUUUCCCAUGGUUUCUUCCUUGGACCAAAGUCACAAUGAUUGUCAACCUGAAGAAAACUCAAUUCAGUUCUAAGUGUUCAAAACCAAAACAUGAGUUUUGGAUGCACAAGCUUGUAAAAUACAAAUGUUCAUUUCAAAGUAGGAGUUGAAAACACAAAAACUAUUAAUAUGGUUCUAAUCCUAAAAUGUUUCUAGAAUGACACUAAAUUAUUUUUAUGG